AUCCAACAUAAUAAGAUUGCUUUUCCAUGUUAUGUCUUAAAAUAGCAGAAUCGCACAAGUAUCGCCUAGCAAUUAUAAUAGCCAUAAUUUUCUGCCGGAAAUCUGCAGCACUCCCAGGUCAGACUCAAAUCAUACCUUGGUCAUCAAAUAGCUAUGGUCCAGAUGGGCCAUGGCAGGCCGUUAAUAUUCGCAUCGGUACACCAUUACAGUCCAUCGACCUUCUCCCUGGCGGAUCUUGGAUGUCGAAUGUGCUAGCAUCUUCACUUUGCGCAACUAGUUCAUCAUGUAUUGCACAAUCAGCAGGUGUAUACGAUAAUUCAAGCUCAUCAACAAACUUCGAAAUUGGGCAAACAGGUUCCAUAGAAAACUCAACCUUCUCUCAUACUGUUGGAGCUCUACCGACAAUAUUUGGGUCUGCUCACUGGAUGUUCGAUACAGCGGCUGUGCCGGUCAGGGAGGGAGCUUCUGGGGAUUCGUUCACUGCGAUUAUUCAAGAUUUCGACAUGUUAGUUGUUUCAGACGGUCACGAAACACUGCCAGACGGAUCGACAUAUCCCUUAACAAUCGGAAAAUUAGCCUUGGGAGCACCUGAGUUCAAUCAAUCAUGGAACCAUUUCCCUCCGAAUCCUCGAUGGAACGGCACAUUCAUAACAAGUAGUAUGUUCGGAGAAGGUCGGACUCCAUCAAACUCCUAUGGAAUGCAUAUUGGCUCUGCAGCCUUUGGGAUCCCUGGAUCCUUGACUAUCGGUGGGUAUGACCAAAGUCGAGUCCUUAGCCCAGUCUCGAGUCAACCAUAUGCUAUUGAUCACCUGCCAAUUGACCUCUUGGAUAUUGGUAUCGGCGUUGAAGAUGGAGCGUCGCCUUUCGACUUUUCGUCCCAAGCAUGUCUGCUUGCGUCUGGAAACUCGUCAAUAAGAAACUCGAUGCAAGUAGCAGUGGAUGCUACUGUUCCUUAUCUUUACUUGCCCCAAAGUACUUGUGAUUCUAUUACGAAGAAUCUUCCAGUGACUUUUCAACCCAAGUAUGGGCUUUACUUCUGGAAUACAGCCGAUCCGCAAUAUAAGAUGAUCGUCUCCUCGCCAUCAUAUCUGAGCUUCACAUUUCGUCUCAGCAGCUCUGUCUCACAGAAUAUAACAAUCAAGGUCCCCUUUUCUCUUCUCAACCUCACCUUGACAUCUCCAAUAAUAAGCACGCCUACGCUGUAUUUUCCUUGCUUCCCUGGACUGGCCCCGCGCGGCAUAUUUUCUCUGGGCCGUUCAUUCCUACAAGCUGCAUUUAUAGGGGUUAAUUGGCAGACAGGUAAAGGAGUCUGGUAUCUUGCGCAGGCUCCUGGGCCUAAUACUCCGACAACUAUAGCUCCGACCGCAAUUCAACCUACGGACAACUCAAUUAUAUCUUCUACAACGGACUGGGCGGACACAUGGAGUGGGUUUUGGACAAUCUUGGAUAAUCCCACCUCAGCAAACACCAGCACUGUACCCUCCGGCAAUACGGCCCAGUCUGGAGGUAAACUCUCAAAAGCGGUGAUUGGGAGUAUUUGUGCAGCGGCGGCAGCUUGUUUGAUCGCAGUCCUCGUCGCAGGGUACCUAUUAUACAAGCGACGUAAAGGGAAGCCUGCAGAGCCAAAUCCUACUUCAGCAGCACAUCAUCAUGUACAGAGCCAGGAAAUGUCUCCAGAGAGCGAGAAGUAUACAAGCUCUGUGUUUGGGCCGCAAGAGUUAUUUACAGAGCGUGCGCCUAGGGAAAUGUAUGCUCAGACGGGAAUGAGCAGUCCAGUGGAGAUGUAUGCUCCAGUAAGAAGAUAAUAAGUUGUCCAAUAAUAAGUGCGAAGCGCAUAUUUGGCUGCGAUGAAAUGCAGUUGCAGAUAAAUAUAUAUCUAUAAUUAUUUAUCAACAGCGUUCAUUUGACCAUAGCUGCCCUGUAGCACAGAGGGAUAUAAGUCUUACCCUAUGUCCGCCAUUGACUGGACAACCUUACCUUUUCGCUUGUGUCUCUGCCACUUACAGGGACUUGUUUGUGUAUGUGGAAAACGUCACCGACAUUUAAGUUGUUGAGGAGUUGUACGUCGUACUAUCUUCAGCCGCAAGUCUCGAUUGAGCUAAAGCGGGAUGCAUUGAUACAAGGUGAAUCCCCAGUCCAUCUGAUAGACACCAUGUACCUCAUCGAUUAUUUUCUUGAACCUCAGCCUCUACAAAUUGAGCAUUUCUUUGAGGCUGUUCGCAUAUAUUUCGUAGUCCGUACCAAGACAGGCGCUUGUGAACUAGCUCUCGGCCUCGGAUUUGCGGAAAGGGGGAGAGUGGGCGGGGAGGACCGGAACGGGAGCCGGCGAAGCGACGUGCUUCACAGCCCGAUGUGGUCCCCACAAAGCAAAGCGUGCGCCACGCUGCAUAUCCUCGCGGCAAACAAAACA